UUGGAUCUUCUAUAUUCAGAAUGUUUACCUGCACAGUUAGGUUCAGCUUCAGUUACAGCCUGAUCAUAAAUGUUCUUCCUUGAGCUGCGUCACCCCACAGCAGUCCGUAAUAGACUGGCCUAAGGUCUCGCUACAAACAAUCGGCUGCUGGAAGAGAGUAGGUGAGUUGUGUUUAGUCUCUUUGCUAAAAUAAUCAGGCAAACUUAAAAAGAUGUUUGGUGGCUAGUGCUACAGCUGGGACCCUAUAUGUACUGUUGAUGAAGUUAGGUGCUGUUCUGAGAAUUAUUUGUGGCUAUAGAGUGUUUUUUUGGUUGAGGUUUGUUCAUGGCUCCUCAGACUGCUGUGUAUUGCUGUCCUGCAGUCUUAACUAAAGUUGGUAUAACUAGAGAAGCAAGCGGUCGGCAACAUUCAUCUCUCAAGGGGGUGUCUAACUCGGUGUUACAGCGUGUUUGACCCUAAAUUAAUUUUAUGCCGGAAUAUCCCUUUAAAUGGACUCCCGUCCUUGUCUAUGUUAACAAACACAGAGUAACAAUCAAGUUAUUUGCUUAAGUACAUCCAUCUUUGCUACGAUAGGUGGUGACAAGCCCUUUUAGCUUAUUAAUCUCUUCCGUCAAGCCUUGUGGUUGACUUAUGUCAUGUACCAAAACGGUUGACAAACAAGUUAGCAAGGGGAUAACAGGUUGUAUGUCAGACAAUGAAAACAUCGACAGUCCUUUCAUACUUAACGUCUUUGAUAUGAAACACUUCUAAAUCUGUCUUCUGGAUCAGGGCUGGCCAGUCACUAACAUACAAAGUUUUAUCCUGAUGUGUGUCACAGUAAACGACGAUCAAAGACAUGACUACAGUGCCCCCCAACAGAAAGUCUAGCAUUAUUUAUAUUUUGCUCUAAAAUGUGUUUUUCCACGGCAUCAAUGAUGUUGACGAUUGAGAGCACACAGUGUUCUUUCAAAUCAGCACUUUCAGGAUGGUGAACUAAAAGACAAUAAGUGCAUCAUUUCUGCUGUGAAGUCUCACUGUUGACCUUUUAGCAAAGUCACUCACAGUUGAAAUAACAUUGGAGUUCAAACAGUAAGGGACAUGAAGUUGAUCAUUUUAAAGACACUGAUUGGAUUUUGUAACUUAAUAUUACAUUACUGACAUUAUAUAACUCUAUAUUGAUAAAAGAGCAGGUGUCAAGAGCUUAAAAUGAAAUCUGUUAACUUUUCUACAAUUUUUGACUUGGUUAUAACAACACAUGUGUUCUGAGGGAUCUAAAAUUGGCAUGUUUGCCCAAAAGUUAGUUUUUGAUGUGUGAGCUUAAAAAUAAUUACAAGUGACGCUAAUCUGCUGUCAAGAUGAGCUGUUGGAAGUUCGAAUUGAGUUAGAGUUGCAUAUUGUGCACAUUUCUCAUCAUAUUUUUAUUGAAAAAGGGGGAAAGGAGUGGGUGUUAUGUUGAAUUGAUUGAUGAGGAUUUCGAACAUCUGUGUACACAUCAUUAUUCUGAGUAUUGAAUGUCUUCACACAUGUCUGGAGGGGUCUUUUGGGGCAAGAUUAGACCAUUAAAUGGCAUGUUUACCCAAAAAAGGAGUUUUUGAUGUGUGAGCUCAAAGAUAAUUACAGAUUUAGUCAAUCUGUUGGAGUUAUUUUCUGAAAUGUGGGGUUCUUGGAGUGCAAAACAGACCCAGCUGCUCCACUGUCACAAAUUACUAUUUUUCCUCUGACAAAUUAACCAGUGGUUUUCAGAUCUGAGUGUGAUGUUUCUCUUUUGCAUGGCGUGGGAGGGAGAGAAAAAAGUUCCCACGUUAUCUGACAAACCUGCAGAGCAACAUCAGGCCAUAAUUACACACUCAGAGCCUAUUAAACACACAAACGGAUGAGGAGAAGAAAUACACUGUUUGCACCUGAGGGCAAACUGAUAAAGCUCAAACCUCACUUUCUUCCUCCUCUGUUUCAACCACAAACACACACACACGAGCUUUAUCUGUCAUCGGGCUUUAAUCCUCCUGAGGGCAAAUCAGAAACAAACUCCAGGGGUCAGGAGAAGGAGAGAGAGGGAGGGAAAAUCGUUGAAGGGCAAAAACAUUAGAGACCAACCCACUGCGUGUUGAGUCCUGCCCCGCUCUGUUUCCCACAUCACACUCACAUGUCGCUGAGGUGCAGAGACCCACCGAGUCCGAGUCCUCCGCGAGAUCUACUUUGACCAGAGACUAUCUACACAUUUCUACAGGUGCGUGCAAAAGUUUCUUACACUUAUAUAUUUUCGAGUUUGGUUCGUAGAGGUGCGCUUAAAAUGCGCGUGUGCCGCUCAGUUUGACAUUUACACAAACUUUAAAGUCAAUUUAAGCGCCAGUAUGAAAUUUUCACCGUAAAUUGUGUUUAAAGACUAUUUGUCACUGCAUGCACUUGAGCUGACACUGUAAUCAAUACCGGAUAUUAGUGUCAAGAUAUUAAAACCCAGUAAAAAACAAUCAUAUCUGUUGGAGUCAAAUCAGCCGAUUUAAAAGAUGCACAAUGUGGUGUGUUACAUGAAUGCAGCUCCAGUUUAACGUCAAUGUGGAUAUUUUCAUUUAAUUCUUGCACACUUCAGUUGAUACCAGGUUUCUCUUAAAAGAAUUUAUAAAAAAUAUAUAAUCAUGUUGUCUGUGGGAGUUAAAUCAGCCGUUUUGCUUCCUUGAAAAGCUGUGAUGUAUUUAAAGUUGAAUAAAUGCCACCGUUUAAAUGUCAAUAUGGAUAAUUUAGACGUUUUAAAAUUACUUUGUUAGUUUUCUUUUUUACAAUGUAGGCUACUUGAUCCUGAAUGUCAGUGUAACAAUACCACAAACAAAAUCAAUCAUGUUUGUAGGACUUAAAUCAGCCGAUUUGAACACUUGAAACCAUAUGUAAUAUAGUAAGUUAUGUGAGUGCAGCUCUAGUAGCAACACCAAUAUUGAUAGUUCUGAAAAAAUAAACCCACAUCUUUAUUUUUUUUAAACCCAAUUGAUGCUUGAUGUCGGUUUUACGAUUCAGUCAAUCAAAAAUGUUCAUAUGAGUUGAUUCCGUCGGUUUGUACUCUGAAAAAAACGUGCGUAAAAAUGCUCCAAAAUCUCUCCAGUGAGUCAAUUUCUUGCACUUUUUGUCCCUUAUCUCUUACACUUUUUGUAACGUGGGUUUGCACGGUCACGGGCAGCAUAACGCUUUGUCAUUCUCUGUUUAGACUUCUGUGUUAUUUAUUUCCCUCUCUUUUAAGUCCAACUCCUCAGACGGUCAUGUUCGCCUGGUUCUUAAUCUUUCUCAUAGAUUUGAUCGUCGUGUGUGAUCACUUUGAUGUGUGUUUACUAUACGACAAGGUUCCCAACUAAUUAAACUGCAUUUCCUGUCUUUCAUUAUCAAGUUUUCCAUGUUAAUUCUCCUCUGUCUGUUUCAGGCUCGCUCUCAUCGCCUCCUAGUGCCCAACCAGGGGAUUGGAAAGAUGUGAUUUUGGGAGAGAAAAUUCCAAACACAGGAAACUCUUUUACAAAGCAACAAAAGGAGAACCUUGUCUGUGUGAAUUUCUCUCUGCUUCUGUUUGUUUAAGCUUUCAACACAAAAAUGCACCUCCAGAGGACUAAAUAACUCCUUCUCUGUGGAUCUAGCGUUUUAAAAAGAAGAAGAAGGAGGAAAAGAAGAAGAAGGGACGUUUUUUUCUUGAAGCUCUAAAAAUGUCCACAGAGUCUUUUCAAGCCGCUUACGCUGCUGCAGCUCCGUCAGCCGUCCCCUUACCCCCCUCCACAGGAAACUUGCUGAGGAUGUUUCGGGAGUACCAGAGCAAUGCGGUCAUCAUCGAGCACUACAACUACACGGGCAAGCUGGACGCGAAAAAGUACAAAGAGGGGCUGACUCCAGAGGCCAUCAUCUUCUUGCUGGUCUGCCUCCUCAUCGUCAUGGAGAACUCGGUGGUUCUUCUGGCGAUCUGGAAGAAUAAGAAGUUCCACCUGCCCAUGUACUAUUUACUGGGGAAUCUGACUCUGUCUGACCUGCUGGCGGGGUUCACCUACAUGGUCAACAUCAUCACAUCUGGUGCCAACACCUUAAACAUGACCCCAGUGCUGUGGUUCCUCAGAGAGGGGGGCGUGUUCAUCAUGCUGGCUGCCUCGGUCAUCAGCCUGCUCGCCAUCGCCAUAGAGCGUCACGUUACCAUGGUGAGAAUGAAGCCGUAUCAAGGGGAUAAACAGGGGCGGAUGUUUGCUUUGAUUGGGGCAAGCUGGGUCCUAUCAGUGCUCCUUGGGAUCCUUCCAGUCCUGGGAUGGAACUGUAUCGGACAGCUGGACCGCUGCUCCACUGUCCUCCCGCUCUACGCCAAAAGCUACGUCCUCUUCUGCAUCACCAUCUUCAGCGCCAUCCUCAUGUCCAUUGUGGUGCUCUAUGUGAGGAUUUUCCGCAUCGUCAAGUCCAACACCCAGCGCCUGGCGACGGUCCCACACCGCAAAGGCCUCUACAAGAAGUCCCAGAAGUACAUGGCCCUCCUGAAGACCGUCACCAUUGUCCUGGGGGUCUUCAUCGCCUGUUGGUUGCCCCUCUUCAUCUUCCUCCUCUUGGAUUUCUGCUGCCCAGCCAAUGGGUGUGCAGUGCUCUUCAAAGCAGACUACUUCCUGGGCAUCGCUAUGUUCAACUCCCUCCUGAACCCGAUCAUCUACACGCUGACCAGCAAGGACAUGAGGAGGGCCAUCCUCAGGCUGCUCUGCCGGCCGUGCCUCCUGACCAAAGACGGGCAGGUGAAGAAGAUCGGGAUGCCCUUCCUGGAGUGCAGCACAAGUAAAACAGACGCAGCCUCGCACAGACUGGAGGGGCUGGAGACCACAGUGUCCUCCGGGAACUUUACCCCCUCUACUAUCAAAGCUAUUUACCCACGGAUGUCUAAAACAUGACACAGCAAAACAUGAGAAACUGAGACUCAAAACAGGACUUGGUUGUUUUUUUUCCAGACCUGCAUGAGGGCUGUGGGCGCUGCAGGUCUUGUGUUGCACUCUGUCAGAUUAGUUUUUUAAGUAAACAGAAUAAGCUCGAGUCAUUCAUGGAUUAUCAAACAGACCUGAGCACAGACGUGGAAAAGGUCUCCCCCCUCCACAAACACAGGAGCAAAACCUCUGUGUGGAAGUGACACAAAACAACAACAAAUGUUUCAGCUGGUUUAUGCAUGGAAAUGUUGAGGUCAUGUUGUCUUUCUCUGAGUCGUCUUGUAAUUCCUUGUCUCAUUUUUGUGUCUUGUUGUGCUUGUUUUGUGUGUUUCCCUACUGUUGCACAUCAUUUUGUCUGAUUUGAAUGUCAAGUUUUGCGUGUCUUCAGGACUAGUUUGCAUCAAUACUUGGUUUUGUGUUGUUCUUACAGUUGUUAUGAGGGAGCUGUCUGCCACUUCUUCCUUGAGUUGCAUCUUUUUGCGGUUGUGUUGUGUCUCCGUCACCAUUUUAGUCACUCAGAGGUUGUUUUUCGUCUCUUGGUUUUCAGUUUAUACCUCGUGAAGUUCCUUCUGUUAGCUUAGCUGAAGUUUUUUCUUCUGCUUGUCAUCUUUUUACAUCCCUAGGUGGUCAUUGUGCACAUUUUUGUUGCAUCUUUUUGUAGUUGUUAAUCUUUUAUCAUUCUAGUCCCUUUGUGGAUUCUUUGUUGUCUUUUGCAUCUGUCUUUGGGUCACUUUGCACAUCGUUUUAAAGCAGUUAGGUAUCAGUCAGUCCAUUUUUACAUAUUUGUGAAGUCAUAUUCCAUCGUUGCAUCUAUUAUUCAUGGGAUUUACACCUCUUUUAGAGUUUUUUGUGCAACAUUUAACUUUUUGCAUCUGUUUUUCGCAGUAUUUUCUAGAUAUUUUCCAGCUGUUUUUGUGUCUUUGUGGACAUUACAUGAUAGUUUUAUUAGUGGUAGUUGUUUUGUCUUUUUUAUCCCCCAUGUUUUUUCAUCUUUCUUGCUGUAACCGUCAUCUCUUGCGUCCUUUUGUCUUUUUAUUAUGUUUUUUUUUGCAGUUGUUUCUUUUCUUUCUGUGGUCUCUCUUUGUAUGAUUGUUAUGUUGUGUCCUUUUGUAGUUGUUCUGUGUCACUUUGUGGUAAGUGGGGGGGCGUCAGUCUCUACACAGAAAACUUCCAAGUAAUCCAUUCAAAACUCAUUAGAUGUCUGUGAUGGUUUUAGAGCAUUUUUGGCACAUUUUUCUGUAACAACAUUUGUGAAAAAGAGAAAUGUCUGUGCCUUAAUGGUGUGUGUCUGUUGCCUGUGAAAAAGCCUCUUGCAGACACUCAAACAGGCCACUUCUCAGCAGGGGAUAAAUCCUCCAGAGGAAAACAAACAUUACAUUUCAUUUUUAAGUUUUUGCUUCUGCUGAAAAAUCAAACUGAGGACUUUGUGCAAAUAUGCAAACAAUUAUGACAUGGGGAUAAAUCUCAUGCAGCCCAACAGGAGAUUUAUCCUCAUGUCCUCUCCCUGCGGAGCGUAUAAUGACAUGUUGUUACAAACAUGGAGCAUCCACACCCAAAAGCUGCCGCCAAGACCGUGUAAUUUCUGCCAUGUGAGUUUUGGUCAGCUGCAUUGUGGGUAGAGGUCUCCUCAGUGGAGAUCAGAGGCUCAGCGGCCAAGAGACGCGUCACAGUCAGGGUUUGAGUCGAGCGGUUAGCAGCUUUGGAGGUCCUUUUGACUUAUGUAGCGACACAUGAUGAAUGACUACCAGCAGUUAAACUUGACAGAGGAUGUUUUCUGACGCCUCCUGGUUUUAAUGAGCGUCAGUGAUUAGGUUUCAGCUCGAGGAUGAACUCCACAGUCUGCAGAGAAAGUUCAUCGUGAAAUCUUCUAUUCCUGUGAAUAAUAGACUCCGCCCACUCAUCAGAAACCCGUUGAAGCUCAGAGGCGUGCGUGGGCUUCAAGGACAUUUGGGGAUUUCAUUAAGGUCACAGCGACAUUAACAUGAACACUUGAAACAGAGUGGUUUAUUGUACAUUAAUGUAAAGACAAAUAAAAUCUAUUUACUGAUUUUUUUAGUUACUUUGUAAAUAUAUAAAUAAAUGUAAUCAUUUCUGAGCUGCAGUUUGUAUUUGUGUUAAAAACCUCACUUAAAUUAUGAUGCCAGUUUUAUACCUGCACUGAAUAAAAACAUGAAUGAAGUUUACACAGAAAACUGUCCGUGGUUCAUUUACUUCCUGUUUCUAUCCUAAAGAUUUUUUUUGGAAUAAUUUUUUUGAUUGAAACUUUUUUAAUACUUAAAAAAAGUUGACUGUACAUUUAGCAACCACUCCUUAUCAUCAUUACUAUUCUGCUUAUACACAGGGUGAAUGGUUAUUUUGUUUGUUUGUUUUGAGGCAUUAUUUUUUUUUCCUGAAUUCUGACAUAAAAAGGUCAAAAUGAAUAAAAUCAAACGGUGUACAAUCAUUGUAAUACAAAGAGAUUUUUCUUCCUACAUCCUGACUUUUUCUCAGAAGUCUGACUUUAAUCUUUGUUGUAAUGUUAAACAGUCUUCUCUAUGAAAACAGUCCCCAUGUCUCAAAAGGUGACCUGAGUCAAUACUGUGACUCGCACUGUGUCGAGCAACGCCAAUGACAUUCUGUCGAUGAUUUUCUGUCACGACGGACAAUAAUUUUUUCUGAAUGUGAAAGGAUAAAAAAUAAAGGUAAUGUGUAAAUGAU